UAAAACGGAUGUUGAUCUGUUUAUUAGACUGGAUGUUUGAUUUAAGGAUUACAAUUGUAUUACUAUCAGUGGGACAAUCUGUAAAUAGUGAAAACAAUUACUAGCUGUAAUUGUGCUUUUAGAUAUAUUUCAGACUAUUUAUAGGACAUUAUGGCAAGAUUUCUCGAAGUUGGUGAAUAAAAAUGAUUAAAACAAACAAUUGUUUGACAUACAAGUGUGAAUGGUGAAAAUGCAUUUAGAAACAAGGGAGGUAAUUCAGUAUUGCUAUUAAAGAAGGGAAGCAACUGCCGAUGUAUAGGCGGUACAAAGCCCAACUUAGGGCACAGUCAGCCCCUGUCAGAAGAAAUAGUCACUUCCAGCAGAGCCAGGAUAUAGAAGACAUGAAAACGAAGAACAAAGCCUUGUCUACUGGCGAUACUCACCCACAUGACAAUUACAUUGGCGAAAACAGAAUCAGCGUUCAAGACAAAUCUCUUGAGAAGCAGCUUGAAACAAACAAAGAAAACAAGUUCGAGCCAAAACUACACACUCGCGACAGUGGAAAUGUGAUUUUGAUCGAGGACGAGGCGGUAAAUAAAUCGGACAGCGAAAAUUCUAAACUCUUUCAAGUGGGAAAACCGGUUAAACAUCCCUUACACAGAAAAAGUUCUAAUAUAACUAAUGACUCUGGGAGAAGUACUGUUAGUGAUAUUGGUGAACAUGAGAAUGACCUUCAGAAUGAGUUAAGUGAAGGUGAAGGCCAACAUUGUUGCCAUAACAACCAGUUAAAUGGCCUUGAACCUAUCAGGCGUGAGAGUUUGACUGUUGUAGAUUCAACAGGACAUUUGACAUUACCAUCACCUAUUGAGUGUCUUUCGGCAAAGCAUUUUACUGGAGAUUCAGUGUUAAGUGAGGAGGGUUCUGAAAACGAGGACAAUAAAACCACCGCUCAUAGUUCCCAUAGCUCUGGUGAAAAUCAGUCCCCUCAAAACAGUCGACCCGGAAGUGGGUCUUUGCUUUCAAAACGGCAUGGCCCUAAAAUACUCUAUAGCGCAUCAGAAGACAGUUCCUUAACACAACGACGUACAUCACAUCAACGGUCCCCGUAUUCUUCCCCGACUGCAUCACCACGGUUACGGAGACAGCCAACGAUGGAAACAAGGCGGAUAUCCGUAUCGGACAGCUCCGAUGGGUACAUGCAGCUCAAUCAAUACAAGCUCAAAGAUGAAAUUGGAAAGGGGUCUUAUGGCAUUGUGAAGUUGGCAUACAAUGAAUCAGAUGAUGUUCAUUAUGCAAUGAAAAUUCUAUCAAAGAAGAGGCUGCGGAAGAAAGCUGGUUUCUUUGGAAGACCGCCACCUACUCGAGAAGGGAAGUCCCCUGCUCGACCUCCGACACAUCCUUUGGAGCGGGUUCAUCGUGAGAUUGCAAUCUUGAAAAAACUCGACCAUCCUAACGUGGUGCGACUUGUUGAAGUUCUUGACGAUCCAGAAGAAGACAAUCUAUAUAUGGCAUUUGAAUUGGUGGAAAAAGGGGAGGUGAUGGAGGUGCCAACAAGCAAGACCCUCUCCGAGGAGAGAGCGUGGAACUACUUCCGCGACAUCGUCCUCGGCAUCGAGUAUUUGCACUACCAGAAAAUCAUCCAUCGAGAUAUCAAACCUUCUAAUCUGUUGCUAGGUGACAAUGACCACAUUAAGAUAGCGGAUUUUGGUGUAAGUAACGAGUUUACCGGUACAGACGUGUUCCUCACGAGCACGGCCGGCACUCCCGCCUUCAUGGCUCCCGAGGCCCUCAAAGAAGAGAAGGAAAACUUCAGUGGCCGAGCGUUGGACAUAUGGGCAAUGGGCAUCACUCUGUACUGCUUCCUUUACGGCCGGUGUCCAUUUGAAGAUGACAUGCCGCUCAGCCUCCAUAAGAAAAUAUUAUCGAACCCAGUCGUCUUUCCUGAACUACCUGCUUCGUCUGACAGUCUUAAAGACCUCAUCUUAAAAAUGCUGGACAAGAACCCAGACUCACGUAUCAAUCUUCCGAAUAUUAAGGACCAUCCAUGGGUGACGAAGGAUGGGGAAUUCCCGUUGCCGACAGAGAACGAGAACUGUAUCCUGGUUACUGUUACAGAUGAGGAAAUAAACAGUGUCAUUAAACAUGUGCCAAAACUGGAAACUCUCAUCUUGGUAAAGAGUGUGUUACGGAACAAGUCCUUUAAGCAUCCGUACAAGGAGCAUGGGAAAGAUGAGUUCAAGAAAUCAGGGCGAUCCAAUUCCGCUCCAAACUCCACAUUCCAUCAAGUUGUCAAACAGCGAAUGUCAAUUGAAGAAAAUAUAGAAGAGCAAUCCUAGCGACCACACUUCCCUUGUUAUGCCCACCUGCCUCAACAAUUGAGAAGACUGUAUUGUCAGCUUCAUCUGUUGCUGAACCAAUGAAAAGGCUCCAUCCUGAAUUUUGAAUCUCAACCAAUGAGAAAGUGAGGAAUCCUUCAAAGCUGGAUCCAAUAAAAAAGCUUCAAAAUAUCUGCCUCUACCAAUAAGAAUAAAAAAUAUGUUGCAAAUCAGAAAAGAUCCAUUUUGCAAUGGAACAUACAUUGUAAACUUUUAAUGGUGAAAUAAUUUAUCUUUAAAUGGUCCUGUUUUGCCAACAUUAUCUAAAAAACUGCAGAAGCAAAAAUAUUGGCAAAAAUGAACUUUCAUCAUAUGUGAGCAAGAUCUUUACAUUUUCUUAAACAAUUUUAUUGAGAACUAGUCAAUGCAGUUUACCAGUAAAAAGGAGGAUAUUUUGGCAGCGAGAAUAAUUGUGGUAACAGCUAGGGUCAUAAUAUAGUACAGGGACCAAAUGCAUGACCUCCAUACGGCAGCUUUGCUCGUUAACAAUGAUAUCUCAGCAAUAUAUGACCCACUAAUUGCUUGUAAAUUGGAUCUGCAGACCAAAUACAUUGUUUUCUCCCCCCACAUGUUGUAUAUAUGACUUUGUAUCUUAUUUUAAAAGAGCAUUUAUUUUUUUCCAAUUUUUGUGUAUUUAACUAUGCACUUUCAAUACAGUUUAUUUUGUAUUUUGGAUAUUUUCACAAUUGUUAGUAAAGAUAUAUACAUGUAUGUAAAUGUAUGAGGUUUUUCAAAGUUGUUUGUAUUUUGUGUACAUAUUUAUAAUUCCUUUUAUCUUUCAUUGAUCGAUUACAAAUUACAAUUAUCAAUCAAAUAACUACUACCUGUAUACUUACUAAAACGUAACAAUCAGUUGAUAAUAUACGGCAUAUUUGCUUGCGACAAUAGUUUAUUUCUACCACUCUUGAUUAUAUAAAUUCUAAUUCGGUAGAGUACUGUCCAUUUUCAUUGGCUUUUUGAUUGAUAUUUUGUUGAUGAGAUUUUUAGAGAAUGUAAUGUAUGCAAUGUAUAAGCAUUGUUUUGAAUAUAAAGCCACUUUGAGGGAAUUUUAAUUUGUUUUUUUGUUAUAAAUAAGACUUAUAUUUGUUUAUAUUUGCUAUUCCAUACCAAGUAAAAGGUAUUAGGAUAAACUUAAUAAUGAAGAAGGGCCAAGCAAGAAAUGGGAAUCUGCCCUCUUAGCCAUUAAGACUUUACCGAAUAUUGGAACCAGAUUAUGAUGUCUUAUUGAUUAAGCGUCAGGUACUUAUUGACGACUGAUAGGCGUUUUCAUUGGCUGGAUAUAUAACUUUUUAUCUGAUUUUAUUACUCAUUUGAAUUACAAAUGCAUUUAACUGAGGUUUUGGACAUAAAUCAUAAAAUAUUGAAGAUUAUUAAAUCUUCUUUCAUUAAUGUGUGUCAAAACUGGAUAUUACUAAUACUUCAUAUAAUAUAAACAUUAUUAAACCAUUAUUCGGGUAUGAAAUUUAAUACUUUAAAAUAACUGUUAAGCUAAAUAGUUGGGGAUCAAAACUUGCCACGCCCUUGUGGUUACGAGUCUACUAUGGAGUAACGGUAUAUAGGGAAAUGUGAAAAUCAUCUUUGGCACCUCUACGUAGGCUCAGACCCUUGGUAUUUGUUGUAUAGCAUCAAGGCCCUCUUGUUUUUUGUUGUUGUUUUUUUUUGGUAGAUUUUUCUGCAGAGUAGAUAAAAUCAAUGUUUUGAUCAGUUGAAUUUUCGUACCAACACAUUUUCUAUUUCUUUUAUAUAAAUUUAAUUAGCAUUUUUUGAAAAUCAUGUGCUAAAAACAAUCAGAGGAAGUAAUGUUUAUGCAUUUUACUUUACUCAGGGGUUGGUGGGUAGAACAGGAAAGAUUUGCUCAGCACUUUAUUGAUUCAACGGCACUUAAAAGGUCAAAGGUCAACGUGUAGUCCUUAAUUUACUGUUUUUGGAUUAUUUUUACUGUAUACUUCUCAAUAUGGGCCCAAUGUGACAAUAAAUGUCCAACUUGAUUUCAUACCUGUUAAAAUUCUGUCUAAAAUAUUUAAAGAUUUGAACAUAACGGAUGGAAAUCGUAAAUAUUAUCUGUAUUACACUCUGUGUUUUUUGAUUCUAUAACACACAGUAGCAUAGUGUGUAUGCACAAAUCACUUGACUUUGUACAAGAAAUAUGUUGUUUUAUGUUCAAUUCAAACACUUUUGUAAAGAAAACUUCUUUUUUUUUUAAACUUUAAAAAGUUAUGAAAUUGAAGGAAUAGUACCUUAGCUGGAUGAAACCCUACAGACCAACCGACUAACAUAACAUUCCCUAUGUACGAUAGUUUAUAUGAUAAUAUACUUCUUAAUCCAUAUCAUAUAACAAUUGUUAUAUUGACCACUUGGUCAUAUUUGUUUGUAACAUGUUCAAAAAAUAUAACGAAAGAGAGUUUACAAAAUACUGUACGAGUAUGUGUACAUGAUUGUGGACUACUUAUUGUGCGCCACGUCAUGCAGGUCUAUGUGUGCAUUGUACACGUUUUGAAUGAUAUGCACCAUAACACAAGGGUUUAUGCGACUAUCAGCCAGCCUACAUAUUCCAGUUGACAUUUUGUAAAUCUUUUUAUUUAACAUUAAUGUCUUAGAAGCCCUUUGUGACCCAUAUAAUUAAUGCCUUUAUUGCACAUACUUUCUGAGAUUUAUAAAUAUUCAUGGUGCCAUCUUUGCAACAAGCAUUUCAAUAUAUUAUUAUUAUUAUACUAUUCUUGGCCUAUACAUGAGUUUGAAACAAUACUUUGGCUGGAUUAUUGAAUCAAUUCAAGUUUUAUUAGAAUCUGCAGGUUAGAGUUGAAUUUCAUGUUUUUACUUUAGAGGAGUGUUUAAUAAGAUUCCCUGACCUUCUAUCAAUUUCUGAUAGGUUUGUUGACAAGAUGGCCCCCAUGUAAAUAGUUUGCACGACAAUUGCAUUUACCCAUACAAUCUUGUUUAUUUGUAUUGUCAUGGUGUUCAUUAUUACACAUGGAUUUGCUCAUCUUCUAAGAUGCCACACGUUAUAUUGUAGUCCUUUUAAUGUCAGUGUUAUUCUGUGAGAGGAUAUUUGAUAAUCUGAUUUUUUUACUCGGCUUAAUCAGAACAAUUUAUUUAUAUCGCAAGAAAAUUAAAUGAUUUACAUAAGAUUUUCUAAGUGAUUAACACUGCCGCCUUAUAUUGACAUAGACAAUCUUAACUCAUGUUCAAGGUAUGGAUUUGUCGUGUAUCUUAGUUUGGCGUUUCAAUUGUCCAUAGGUCCGAAGAAAAUGAGCAAAUACCCAUAACUCAUGUUUUUGUGAUAUUCAUAAUUAUUCAUAUACAUUUUGAAGUUGUACAGAGAUUUAUUAUUAUAUUAUAUACUUCUUAACUUUUUAUUGCACUUAACACGCCCGUGAAAUAUGUUAUCUUUUUACUAUCGAUUAGAUUUUGAUGAAAUAAAAUUUA